AUGAAUUCAACAGAUGAAUACUAUGAUGCCUUAUUCGACGAUCUAUUCAAAUAUCUUUACCGAUAUGUAAUUCCCGUUUGCUACAUCGUGGGAAAUUUUGGAAGUGUCAUCAGUGGCUACAUUUUUUCCACAAAGGCAUGGAGAAAAAACGUUUGCGUCUAUUACUUUAACACAUGCCUAGUGAUUAACUUGGCUGCUCUCAAUAGUUAUCUGCUGACAACUAUUCUUAUCGCCGGCUACGACGUUGACCUUUACAAUUCCAAUAUAAUCUUUUGUAAGCUCUACUACUAUACAACAUUCCUAUUCUGUGCACUUUCACCUACCAUGCUCAUUCUGGCAUCCAUCGACCGUUUGCUCAUAUCGUCCCAAAAUGUUAACCUUCGACUGUAUAGUUCAAAACGUUUAGCUUACUUUUCCGUUAGUUUGGCUACAGUUUUCUGCAUUAUUUAUUUUCUCCAUGUCUUAAUCAAACCGGAAAUUGUAUCAGUCGCACCGUCGAUUACGGCAUGUACACUUAGCACUGAUUACGGUUACCUGAUGUUCUUUGCUUACUCCUCGUUGCUUGUUACAUCGUUUUUCUGCAUAAACAUGAUUGUGCUGUCAAUUUUAUCGAUUAAAAACGUUCGGAUUAUUCGCGCUGCGCCUCGUCAACAACAACGGCAACAAUUGCGCACAAUGAACAAGAAAGACUUUCAAUUACUUCGUUGUCUAUUCGUCCACGAUAUCGUCUUUAUUGCUUGCAAUAUUUUCCUCAAUUUAUAUUAUGUUUAUAUUGUGGUCAGAUUUUAUGGUAGCAUGUCAACUCUGGAACGAAUCUUCAGCAAUUUCCUAAACAGUUUUCUCACCAUGCUCCAACAGCUUUCGUUCUGCACCAGCUUUUUCAUCUUUGUCACCGUCUCGAAAGCAUUUCGACAUGAAUUCCGGCGUAUUGCGUACAAAAUGAUUCGGAAAAAUUCGGUCAUCAUGCGGGAAGAAGAACAGAUCGAACGAAUCAAUGUCGAAAUCAAUAUUUUCAACGAGAAUGGACAACGUGCUCAAUAA